AUGGUAUCUAAGUUCUUUGGCUUCGGCAAGAGCAAGCAAUCUGGGAGAUCAGAGCAGCAGGCUCCUGCUGUGAGUUCUGCUUCCUCUUCUCGCUCUUCGCCAGCACCCUCUAUUUCUGGGGAACAUGAUGUGAAUGAAGAUAUGGUGAGUCAGGUCACUACAAGUCUUCAAUCAUCGUCCAUUUUUUCAAAAGGACGACAUACUAUUGGGACAGGAACGUCAUCUAACCUAACUGAUGGAUCGUCUUUGUUUGACAAAGGUUUGGGUCUAACUGCGAUUGAUGAGAACGAUAGUCAUGGUAGGUCUACCGUCGGAAAACCACUCAGGGUUUUGGAUUAUGAAAGGCUCACCUCGUUGAAUCCCGUAAUCGAGGAGGAAAGCGUUUCUAUGAAAGAAUAUAAUGACGAUCACUCGGGUUUGGCUUCAGGUUCGGGUUCCGGAAUGGGAUCUGGGAAUGUUUCUACGUCGGCAAACAGCACCCUUUCCAAACAUAAUGCGGGUUUAAAUUCUUCAAGAAGAUCUGAACGUCACUACUCCACAACUUCUUUGGAAGUAUUGGAAAAUGAACUCAAGCUUUUGAAUGAGAAUCUAGUGUCUCUAAUGGAUGACAUUCACCAAAACGUUACAAAUGUUUCCAAAGCUGUGAUUCAGGCCAUCGAAUUUUUCAAGAAGUUUUUACCUGACACUAACAGAGUCACAUACACAGUUACAAUGUCUAACAGUUUGCAACUGCGAAGCAUUACGAAAAUAGUGUCCCACUUUGUUGAUAAUCUAUUAAAUGCAUCAGCCUUCCAAAAUUCAAGGUCCAUCCUAUUGAAGGCUUACUUUUCAUUUUUGCAAAAGUUGAAUAUCAAUGUAUUUGAAGAUCAAAUGGACAAUAUCCACACGUUACCUACUAUGAGAAACUUUGCCAUUGACGAUAAAUGUGCUUUGCCUAACAUGGACAAAAUUUCACUAAUAGUGGAUGAAAUAGUACGAUGUGAUCCUUCUUGUAUCUCGGAUCAAGAUGGUGCUUUCAUUGCACCUGUCUUAAGAGGGUUAUCCAGAAAAUCUGCAAUCUUGACCGUUAUGUUCGGACUACCCAAUCCGCAACAGGAACAUCAUGAUAUGAUAAAGGCGUUAUUUUCUACUUUUCCUGACUUACAUUUCUACUGUGUGAAAGACUACAUAAAGCCUUGUGCAGAGGUUCUUUCAGGUAUUUCCCCUGAAAUGAAGGCAAAACCCAUGGAAACCACCAAAGCCCCAACAUUUGUUCCACCAUUUAGAGUACCGAUUGACGCUUUUAGCCCACCGAUUUCUCUGUCUAUAUCAACCCAAGAAAGUCAAAAGAUGACUGGUACUCUCGGAGGAUACCUCUACCCAAAAAUCCCCAAGAACGACCCCAAAUUUGCUCAAUUUGCCGAUGCUACGUUUGCAGUAACAUGUGCCCAUGUAGUUCUUUCGGAAAAUCAGGAUUAUCCGUACGUGUCUGCUCCAUCUGCUUUAUUGCAAAACACCUACAAGAAUUCCCUAAUGGAAGAAAGACAACAUUACAGUAUUACUUCCCCUGAAUACGAUGGGUUUAAUCAAGAGUUGCAGCGAGUCGAAUCAAACUUAAAAUGGCAAUCAGAUCACAAGUUUGGCCAAGUUGUAUGGGGAGAAAGAUCUAUCGUCGAUAAAUCUUUGUCGGAUUUUGCCAUAAUCAAGGUUAACCCUGAGUUCACAUGUCAAAAUUACUUGGGGGAUGACAUCAAUGGUCUACCAGAUCCGGCACUAAGGUUCAGGAACCUUUAUGUCACCGAGAAGAUAGAAAACGUUAAGCCUGGUGCAAACGUCUUCAAAAUCGGAGCUACAUCGAAUUAUACCACAGGCAAGGUCAACGGCACAAAAUUGGUCUACUGGGCGGAUAACAGAAUUCAGAGUAAUGAAUUCGUAAUCUCGUCACCUCAACCUUUGUUCGCCAAUGCAGGAGACUCAGGUGCAUGGGUACUAUCCAAACUGGAUGGGAAACUGGGUUUAGGUGUGGCUGGGAUUCUACACUCUUACGAUGGUGAACUAAAGCAGUUCGGCCUAUUCACUCCAAUUCAGACCAUCUUAACUCGUCUUCAAGCGGUAACGGGCGUGGAAUGGGACAUCAAUCCACCGCCUGUUGCCAGUACUACGGAUUGA